CAGUUCGUAGUUAAUAAUUCGCUGAGCUAGUCGCAUAUACCAAGAGUCUGACACGCGUACAAAUCAAUCGACAGAGUUGAAAACACUUUGCCAUACAACAACAGCAACAACGAAAACAACAAUAAUUAAUACAGCAGCAUGGCGGAAAAAGUAAAUGUUUGCAUCGUGGGCUCUGGCAACUGGGGUUCGGCCAUAGCGAAAAUCGUGGGCGCCAAUGCGGCCGCGCUGCCCGAGUUUGAGGAACGCGUCACAAUGUUUGUCUACGAGGAGAUGAUUGAUGGCAAGAAGUUAACGGAAAUUAUCAAUGAAACGCACGAGAAUGUUAAAUACCUGAAGGGACACAAACUGCCAACAAAUGUGGUUGCCGUACCUGAUCUGGUUGAGGCUGCCAAGAAUGCCGAUAUACUGAUCUUUGUGGUGCCACAUCAGUUCAUACCAAAUUUCUGCAAACAAUUGCUGGGCAAGAUCAAGCCAAAUGCCAUUGCCAUAUCCCUGAUCAAGGGCUUCGAUAAGGCCGAGGGCGGCGGCAUUGAUCUGAUAUCGCACAUUAUUACCCGCCAUUUGAAGAUACCAUGCGCCGUGCUGAUGGGCGCUAAUCUGGCCAACGAGGUGGCCGAGGGCAACUUUUGCGAGACGACAAUCGGCUGCACGGACAAAAAGUACGGCAAGGUGCUGCGUGAUCUCUUCCAGGCCAAUCAUUUUCGUGUCGUGGUCGUUGAGGAUGCCGAUGCCGUUGAGGUUUGCGGUGCCCUGAAGAACAUUGUUGCCUGUGGUGCGGGCUUUGUCGAUGGUCUCAAGCUGGGCGAUAAUACUAAGGCAGCGGUCAUUCGUUUGGGUCUUAUGGAAAUGAUACGCUUUGUCGAUGUCUUCUAUCCGGGCAGCAAACUGUCCACAUUCUUUGAGAGCUGCGGUGUUGCGGAUCUCAUCACGACGUGUUACGGUGGCCGCAAUCGUCGUGUCUCCGAGGCUUUUGUCACAUCUGGCAAGACAAUUGAGGAUCUGGAGAAGGAGAUGCUCAAUGGCCAGAAAUUGCAGGGCCCGCCCACUGCCGAGGAGGUUAACUAUAUGUUGAAAAACAAAGGCCUGGAGGAUAAAUUCCCAUUGUUCACCGCCAUACACAAAAUUUGCACAAAUCAGCUUAAGCCUAAAGAUUUAAUCGAUUGCAUACGCAAUCAUCCCGAGCAUAUGGAUACGUUCAUCAUGCCGUCGCCAAAACUCUAAACUGUGUUACACCAAAACAAAUGUUCUAAAAGUUUAAUUCGAUUGUAAAUACUAUUUGUUUAUAUAUCAAGUCAAGUCAAGUCAUACACUCAAUAUUAUCAUGCACACACGCACACACACGCGCAUUUGCAACCGAUACGUAGUCGAAAAUCGUUUCCUUCGCCAAGCUCAACACGCAUUUUAUAAUUCUACUCGAUUCUAUUUAAAAUGGUUUUCAAAAACCGCCCAAUUUGUUUUUACCAAUGUAUGUGUUCAUAGGUGAAAAUGUCAGUGUCAUAUAUUUGUUAAACAUGAAUAAAGUAUUUAUAUAUUGUUUUUGUUCUGUACAUAUCAAAAGAAAAAACGCAUAAUUAGGAAAAAUACUUAUUUUUGAAAUGAAACAUAUUUUUUGAAGAAAUUGGCAGCUAUACAAAUCGGCAGCGAGCAGUACGUAUCAAAAUUUGAUAUAUUAUUAAUUAAUUGAAUUUUACGUUAUUUGUUUAACUCACGUUUGUAUUUGAAUGCAAUUUGAAAUGUUACGCUUAUUAAAGCCAAGCACUUUUAUAAAUAAUGAGUUUUGUUUUCU